AUGCACCUAUACCCCCUCCUCUUCCUGCUGGUUGCCAUGGCAGCAGGAGGAUGCGUUGCCGUGACGACGAUUCAGGGCGUGCGCGGCUGCGCAGUGAGAGACUUCUCCUUUGUGGCUCAAAAACCAGGAUGUAGGAGUCUGCACAUCACCACAGAAGCCUGCUGGGGGCGCUGUCACACCUGGGAGAAGCCUGUCCUGGAGCCUCCCUACAUCCACCGUCAUCACCGGGUCUGCACCUACAGCCGUAGUCGCCCCAUGGCAGCCCGUCUGCCUGGGUGCCUGCCGCAUGUGUCUCCUCUGUAUCACUAUCCUCUGGCUCUGUCCUGUCACUGCUCCAUCUGCUCCACCAGCGACACGGAGUGUGAGACCUUCUGA